AUGGCGGAUCAAGCUGGGUGUAGUGAAGCCAGCGUUGCGGUCCCGGUCAACGAAGGCGUGAUAAUUGGCAAGCGCCAGCCCGCAUCCGAGGCAUAUCCCAAACCCCUCGACAUCUUCUACGGGAUUACUUAUGCGACAGCCGAGAGGUUCCGGCCAGCGCAGUCGUGUGCCCCCGUCAACAAGGGCCGUGUCCUGGACGCCCAAAACGUGGGCAAGUACGUGCCCUGUCCGAUGGCAUCGUUUGAAACCGAAGAGGGGACACUGCGACUGAACAUUUUCCGCCCGUCCAAGCCGUCAUCCGACUCGUCGUCGGGGGACACCAAGUUGCCCGUUGGUUGCCGGGGCGCAUUCUAUUGGCCAUCACCUCGUGCACCCGGCUCCUCUGGCCUUCACCGAGGCCAUUCUCGAGUCCGGGGCGCCGACUGCCCGGUCGGUCCUUUGCCCCCGGCACGCGCGGCGGCGAGGAGGAGGAGGAGGCCCGUCCACUGCGCGACCUCCCGGCGGGUGUCGUCGUCGACGUGGCCGUUCCAGCCGGUCGUCGACGGCGCGGGCGGCGUGAUUCCCGACAUCCCCCUCCGGCAGGUGGACGCGCUGUGCAGGUCGGACUGGGCCAGGACGCUCUCCGUCAUCACGGGGUUCUGCUCCCACGAGGGGACGCAGUUCGUGCCCCUGGACCUCGCUACGAACGCCCAGUUCUCCGCGCUCGUGCCCUCCCUCACGGGCGGCCAUCUCGACGCCCUGGAACGGCUGUACCCGGAUGCCGUGACGGGCCCUUCGAAGCCGUACGAGAACGCGCCCGGCUGCAGGCACGGCGCGCAGUUCCGCCGUCUGCACGAGGCGUACGCCCACUACGCAUAUAUAUGCCCCGUUCUGCACACGGCGCAUAGGCUGUCCUGCGCCGGCGCGAGGGUCUACCUGUACGAGUACGCGGCUACGUCAGAGCCGUUCGGUGCCGCGUCGCAUGGCGACCAGGCGCCGGUUGUCGCGCACGACAUGGAAACGCUCAGAGGUCAGCGGAGACUGGUGGCCGUGGCGGAGGAGAUGGCGUCUCGCUGGGGGCAGUUUAUGGUCUCGCCGACGGGGGAGAUUACGUCGUGGCCGAGGUUUCAAAGCCCAUUUGGCGAUGGGCGCGGCGGCGGGGAGUUGUUGGUGUUUGGAAAGGGGAACGACGAGGCUGCCGGCGGGAAGAGUGAGGGCGUAGCCGUGCGCAAGAGGAUUCUGACCGACGAGGAAAUGGCCCAGUGUAAGUUUUGGUGGGAUCGGAUGGAGUUGAGUCAAGGGAUGGGCGUGAGCGGGCAAUAUAGGGAAUAG